CCCAUAAGUGUGACUGCCUCACUGAUUUGUGGACUAUAUAUAUUCUUUAUGCCUGUGUUUUUUUUGGGUUUUUUUAAUGACCCAGGAUAAAUUCAAAUGCAAAUGCUAAUACGCCAUGUAGGCCUAUUUACUGCAGCCUUGCAGUGGACAGAUGAGUAACUCUACCCAAAUACACUGUUUUGGAAUAAAUGAUAAUUCACGCAUCAGAAGGUUAAACAGACGAGAUAUUGGAACAGCUCUAGGAACUUCUACUACCUGACGAGCACUAGGACCCGGAUGAGCAGAGAAGUGGAGUGGUCUGCACGCGCCCCUGUCAAAAGUGUAGUGUUGGCCACACGCGCGCUGCACAAGAUGCUGGUGUACAUUACAGUGAGGGACUGCUGAAGUCUGUUACGGAGUACUCAAGAAAACUACUCUCUUCGACAUGGAGAUCACCGAUUCCACUUGUAUGGAGCAUCUGGUGAAGGAGCUGAGUUUGCUUCUCAAGCUGCUGGAGAACGAGAGUGUGAGUUCAGCCACGGCAGAGAAGAUGAGCGUGGUCAGAAACUUGGUCAAACAGCUGCAGCCAUCCGUGAAUGGAUCUGACUUUAUAUACAUGAACACAUCUCUCUAUGGAAAUGGUACCAGCUUUGUUGAAUCAUUGUUUGAAGAAUUUGACUGUGACCUGCAGGAUCUCAGGGACUCGCCUGAAGAGAUGAAAGAUGUGGAGCAAGAGGAGGCAUCCAAGCACCAACCCACAAAUUCGAGUCCCACAGACACACCUCCUCCCCUUCCUACCACACCUCCUCCUGAUGAUUACUAUGAAGAAGCCGUCCCGCUCGGACCGGGCACAGCGCCCCAGUAUAUAACUACUCGCAGUAACUCCAGCCCUCCAAACUCAAUAGAGGAUGCUUAUUAUGAAGAUGCUGACAACAAUUACCCAAUAACUCGUCUGAACGGGGCCAGCAAAAACUCGUACAAUGAUUCAGAUGCACUCAGCAGUUCUUAUGAGUCCUACGAUGAAGAGGAUGAGGAAGCUAAAGGCAGAGAGAGGACGCACCAGUGGCCUUCAGAGGAGAGUCCAGAUGGUCAAAUGAAAGACUGCCGCAAAUGCGCUUUCCUGCUUCGCAAGAAACGCUUCGGUCAAUGGGCUAAGCAGCUAACAAUCAUUCGCGAGAACAGACUUCAGUGCUUCAAGAAUCCCAAAGAUCGUUCUCCACACGUUGAUCUCCCCCUGAAUCUCUGCAAUGUCAUCUAUGUGCCUAAAGAUGGACGCCGCAAGAAGCACGAGCUUCGUUUCUCCAUGCCGGGAGGAGAGGCGCUAGUGCUGGCUGUACAGAGCAAAGAACAGGCCGAGAGCUGGCUCAAGGUCAUUCAGGAAGUAAGCAACCUGGCAAACAGCAUUAAUGGAAAAGAGAGUUCAUCCUCUCCGAUGAUACUGCGAAAACUAGAGCUGGAUAAGAUGAUGUCAGCAGAUAAACAUACUUCUGAUUCUGACAGUGCAGCCAAUGGAGACGUCACCCGUGAGAUCUGUGAGAACGGGAAGGGCAAAAAAGGGACAUUCUCUGAGCUGACUGGAUCUAUGAGUCGAGCCGCUGGCAAAAAAAUCAACCGCAUCAUCAGUUUCUCCAAGAAGAAGCCGCCUCUGCCGGGCGAAACCAACACGCUUUCCCACCUGGAUGACAAUCCCCGUUGUGGUUACUUGAAUGUCCUGGUCAACCAGUGUUGGAAGGAGCGCUGGUGUUGUGUGAGAAAUGGGACUCUGUAUCUCCAUAAGGACAGAGGGGACAUUCACACCCACGUUAGUGCGUUAGCCCUCAAUGGUGUAGACGUCUUACCUGGUCUUGGACCCAAACAUCCUUUUGCCUUCCGCAUCAUGCGAGCGAGCACAGAAAUAGCCGCCCUGGAGGCGAGCUGUUCUGUGGAGAUGGGCCGCUGGCUGGGGGUCUUGUUGGCUGAAGCGGGAAGCGCUACCACCCCUGAGGCAUUGCAUUAUGACUAUGUGGAUGUGGACACCAUCAGCAGCAUCCAGAACGCAGCACGACACUCUUUUCUGUGGGCGACCUCCUCUAGCAGCGCCUCCACAGAUCCACGGACUUAUGACGAAGUUCCUUAUGAAAGUGUGUUGGUAGAUGAAAAUCAGUCUAAACUGAAGCGUUAUUCCUCUAUGUCCAGUGUGGACACAGCCAAGGGUGACACACAGAUCACAGUGAAGCGACACGGUUCCUCUGUGAAUCACUACGGUAAAUAUGGAAAGACGAGGGCAGAAGAAGACGCACGACGGUAUCUCAAUGAAAAAGAGCAGCUUGAGAAUGAAAAAGAAGUAAUCAGGAAGAGUCUGCUGUCACUGCGCUCAGAAAAGAGGGUGGUGAAAGAAGAGCUGAAAAAGGCGACUGAUAAACAGCAGAAAGCCAUGGAGCAGCAUCUGGCUCAGCUGGAGGAAAGCUGCCGUCAGAAGGAAGCCGAGCGAGUGGACCUGGAGCUGCGACUCACAGAGGUGAAGGAGAAACUGAAGAAGUCUCUGACUGGAGGAAUACUGGGGGCGCCUGUGGAGAGCAAACCCACCAUUAAGGUUCCACGCAAAAAAAAGGAAGAUAUUUACAGUGGUGCCACUGUGCCGGUCAAUUGUGCAUCUGAAAUGAAGAAACGCCCCCCGUCGAUAUAUGCAUCCUCCAAAGGAAAUGUCAUGCAGAAAGCCAAGGAAUGGGAGUCAAAGAAAGUGAAGUAAUUAUAAGAUUGUCAUCAGAAGAGUCUGAGGAUCUGUGGCUUUGGCUGGAGUGUUAAAGGAAUAGUUCACCCAAAAAUAAGAAUAUGCUAAACUUUACUCUCAGACCAUCCAAGAUGUAGAUGAGUUUGUUUCUUGAUCAUAACAAAUUUGAGGAAAUUUAGCUUUACAUCACUUGCUCACCAAUGGAUCCUUUGCUGUGAAUGGGUGCCGUCAGAUUGAGAGUUUAAACAGCUGAUAAAAACAUCACGAUAAUCCACAAGUAAUCUUCUUCUAAAAGAAGAGAUUGCAUCUGUGAUCAUCCUGUCUGUCCACUACACUGCACUUAUGCACGGGACAGCUGACCGUAUUUGAAGGUAGUCUGUAAAUAAAAAUUCAUGUUAAAUAAGAAAUUGCAUGAAGAUGGCAAGGAUAAGGGAAUGUUCAGGAAACAAAAGUGUUUUAUAAACAUCUAUUUGUUUAAUACAAGAGUUAAAAUAGGUGCCUGAAUUAUAUAAAAAUUGUGUUAUGUUAUGUCUUUUCACAUCUUACUGUAUAAUGCCACAGGAUACUUACGUGGCCUUCCUGCUGAUUUCUUUGUGCUGUUUUGAGAUACAGUGUUAAUGUCUCUCUCUUUUACAUGUUUUGUGAAACUGAACUGAAUUCAAAGGAUUUUCCCUUUUGUUAACACUAGGGCACUUAUUUUACCAGAUUUAUUUAUUUCUAUUUUGUACAUAAAACCAGUCUAAAGAAAAUAAUCAUUGUUUUUUCCUUUGCAACAUUAGGUAAUUGUUCGUAAUAAAAAGUGUGU